AUGGACGGCCAACAACAGGCUAACAAAGCCCAUAGAGGUGGAUCCAAUAAGACCACCGCAAAGAAGAAGCUCCAUCAGAAUGGACAGAACAUAAAGGCGUUUGCCGUGUCUGCACCUAGAAAGUUGGAACGGAUGGCCCGUAGAACACACGAUGUCAAUGAAAAGAAGUUGCAUGUCCCCAUGGUUGACCGUACUCCAGACGACGAUCCUCCCCCAGUCAUAGUUGCCGUCGUAGGACCCCCAGGUACUGGUAAGACCACCUUGAUCAAGUCGUUAAUUAGACGAUUAACCAAGACUAGUUUGACGGAAGUCAAAGGUCCAAUCACUGUUGUCAGCGGUAAACGGAGAAGAUUGACUUUUCUUGAAUGUAACAACGACUUGAACUCCAUGAUCGACGUUGCCAAGAUUGCUGAUUUGGUGUUGUUGUUGAUCGACGGUAAUUACGGGUUGGAAAUGGAAACCAUGGAAUUCUUAAAUAUUGCCCAGCACCACGGUAUGCCCCGUGUUCUCGGUGUCGCUACCCAUUUGGAUUUAUUCAAGUCACAAUCAACAUUAAGAACAUCAAAGAAGCGAUUGAAACACAGAUUCUGGACCGAAGUGUACCAAGGUGCCAAGUUGUUCUAUCUUUCCGGGGUCAUAAACGGGAGAUACCCAGACAGGGAAAUUCUCAAUUUAUCGAGAUUUAUAAGUGUCAUGAAAUUCCGUCCAUUAAAAUGGAGAAACGAGCAUCCUUACUUGUUAGCCGAUAGAAUAACCGACUUGACCCACCCGCAAUUAAUUGCCGAUAAUCCAAAGUGUGACAGAAAAGUAGCAAUUUACGGAUAUUUGCACGGUACUCCAUUACCUUCACAAGACGCUCAUAUACAUAUCGCUGGUGUCGGUGAUUAUCACGUCCAAGCGGUGGAGAAAUUGCCUGAUCCUUGUCCAACGCCAUACUUUGAGCAAAAGUUGGAAGAGCUUGAAAGAGAACGAGCAAAGGCAGCUGCAGAAGCAGGUGAACCAUUGGCCAAGACAACUAGAAGAAGAAAGAGAUUAGAGGAUAAGCAAAAGAUCAUAUAUGCUCCUAUGUCUGAUGUUGGUGGUGUUCUUGUUGAUAAAGAUGCCGUGUAUAUCGACAUUGGAAAGGAGAGUUUUAACAGAGAAGAUAAUGAAGAAGACAUGGGUGAAGGUGAAAAAUUAGUCACUGACUUACAAGAAGUUUCCAAGACUAUGCAAGAAAGACUUGAAGAAGGUCCUGGAUUACAAUUAUUCUCCAGCUCAAAAGCAGUACAUAAUGUCAAUGACGAGUCCGAAGAAGAAGAAGAAGAAGGAGGAUUAUUGUCAGAUUUGGAAGAUGAUGAUGAAGUCAAGCAAAACACAGGUAGAAAGUCCUUACGUAAAGCUCGUGUUUACGGCAAGGCCCUUAAUGAAGAUGAUGAAUUUGACAAUGAGCUUUCUGACGAUGAAGAUGUUGUCGAAGAACAACCAGAUAUGGUUGAAGUUGAUUUUGGCAAUGACAGGUAUAAGGAGAACGAAUUGGAAUUCGUCGAAGAUGAUAUUUUAUCAUCUGAUGACGAAAACGACUAUGCUGCUGCAGCAUCUAGAUUGCGCGGAUCUAACGGGAGAAAGAGAUGGGAUAUCAACAAGUUGUUAUACAUGCCAAACGUUUCACCAUUGGACGCCAUUAAAAGAUGGAAAGGAGAAGAAGAUGACGACGAAGAGGAAGAAGACAUCGAACAAGAUGAUGAUGAUUUCUUCCAAAAGAAGGAUGUACAAGAAUCUAGUGAAGAUUUAGAUACCUUAAGACCAAAGUAUCCUUCAUUGGAAGAGUUGAAGGCCAGAUUUAGUUCUGAAGACAGUGAUGAAGAGUAUGAAAGUGGAUACAAGAUUUUGAAAUCUAGACUUUUAACUGCCCCUAAGAUGAACGACGAUGAAGAACAGAAGGACGAGGAAGGCGACGAUGAUGAAGAGGUAUACGGUGACUUUGAAGAUUUAGAAGCCGAGGGAGAAGACUCCGAACAACAAGAAGACGAAGACGAAGACGAAGAAAAAGACGAAGACGAUUUUGCUGACUUUGAAGCCGAAGAACAAAAAGAAGGAGACAGUGACGCCGAAGUCAAUGACGAAAACUUGUCCGUUGAAGAAAAGAGAAAACUCAAUGCUGCCAAGAAAGCCAAGUUGAAAAUGCAAUUUGAAGAAGAAGAAUAUGGAGAAGAUCCUGAAGGUGACAAUGAAGCUGAAACAUGGUACGAAUUCCAAAAAAACAAGAUGGCCAAACAAUUGGAAAUCAACAAGGCAGAAUUUGAACAGUUGGACCAAGCCACUAGACUCAAGAUUGAAGGGUUCCGUGCCGGUUCCUAUGUCAAGCUCGUAUUUAACAACCUUCCUUGUGAAUUUGUUGAGAAUUUCCAACCAGAAUACCCAAUUGUUUUAGGUGGGUUAUUAGCUACUGAGUCCAGAUUCGGAAUCAUGAAUGUCAGAAUCAGAAGACAUAGAUGGCACAAGAAGAUUCUUAAAUCCCAAGAUCCAUUAAUCUUAUCCUUGGGAUGGAGAAGAUUCCAAACAUUACCAAUAUACACCACAUCUGAUUCCCGUACCAGAAACAGAAUGUUGAAAUACACUCCCGAACACGCAUACUGUUUUGCAUCAUUCUAUGGUCCUCUCGUGGCUCCAAACACCACUUUUGUCGGGUUCAAUAUUGUCGAUAGUAGAUCAACUACAGGGGCAUUUAGAGUGGCUGCAACUGGUAUUGUUGAAGAUUUGAAUUCAUCAGUGGAAAUCGUCAAGAAAUUGAAAUUGGUAGGUUACCCAUACAAGAUCUUCAGAAACACCGCGUUUGUCAAGGAUAUGUUCACUAAUGCCUUGGAAGUGGCAAAAUUCGAAGGGGCCCAAAUCAGAACCGUUUCUGGUAUCCGAGGGGAAAUUAAACGUGCAUUAUCUAAACCAGAUGGUCAUUUCCGUGCUACUUUUGAAGAUAAGGUAUUAAUGUCCGAUACAAUCUUCUUGAAAACAUGGUAUCCUGUCAAGGUGAAGAAAUUCUAUAAUCCAGUUACUUCUUUGUUAUUGGGUCAACACAAUGAAUGGAAGGGUAUGAGAUUAACCGGUCAAGUUCGUGCUGAUGCAAACAUCGCCACACCAAUGAAUAACGAUAGUGCAUACAAGAAGGUUGAACGUAGCGAGCGUAGAUUCAAUGCUUUGAAGGUUCCUAAAUCAAUCAGAGAAAACUUACCAUUCAAAUCUCAAAUCCAUGAAAUGAAGCCACAAAAGAAAAAGACAUAUUUGAGCAAGCGUGCUGUUGUAUUAGGUGGUGAUGAAAAGAAGGCUAGAGAUUUGAUGCAAAAGAUUGCUACUGUGAGAAAGGAAAAGGAAACCAAGAGAAAGACCAAGAAGGAUGAAAAGUUUAGAGAAAAGUUAAAGACUAUUGCCAAGAAGGAAGAAUUGAGAAAGGAAAAAGAAAGAGAAAGAAAGAAGGACUAUUUUGCCAAAGAAGGUAAAAAGAGAGGAUCUAGCGAAGGUGGUCAAGCCAAGAGAAGAAGAACAUAG